CUCGGGGCGGUUGGUUGGAGCGGCGCAGCAGCAGAGAGGUCCGGGAAAGUUUCUUUGGAGGUGGGGCCGGGAGCGGCCAUGUCCCACGGCUCCAAGCAGCCCGGCGCGGCCGCCGCGCCGGCGGGCGGCAAGGCUCCGGGGCAGCAUGGGGGCUUCGUGGUGGCUGUCAAGCAAGAGCGCGGCGAGGGCCCCCGGGCCGGCGAGAAGGGGUCCCACGAGGAAGAGCCGGUGAAGAAGCGCGGCUGGCCCAAGGGCAAGAAGCGGAAGAAGAUCCUGCCUAAUGGGCCCAAGGCACCGGUCACCGGCUAUGUGCGCUUCCUGAACGAGCGGCGUGAGCAGAUUCGCACACGCCACCCAGAUCUGCCCUUUCCCGAGAUCACCAAGAUGCUGGGUGCCGAGUGGAGCAAGCUGCAGCCGGCCGAGAAGCAGCGGUACCUGGACGAGGCAGAGCGGGAGAAGCAGCAGUACAUGAAGGAGCUGCGCGCCUACCAGCAGUCAGAAGCCUACAAGAUGUGCACGGAGAAGAUCCAGGAAAAGAAGAUCAAGAAAGAAGACUCGGGCUCUGGGCUCAUGAAUACCUUCUUGAAUGGACACAAGGGUGGGGACUGUGAUGGCUUCUCCACCUUUGACGUCCCCAUCUUCACUGAAGAGUUCUUGGACCAAAACAAAGCGCGGGAGGCAGAGCUGCGGCGCCUGCGCAAGAUGAACGUGGCCUUCGAGGAGCAGAACGCGGUGCUGCAGAGGCACACGCAGAGCAUGAGCAGCGCGCGGGAGCGCCUGGAGCAGGAGCUGGCGCUGGAGGAGCGGCGGACGCUGGCGCUGCAGCAGCAGCUCCAGGCCGUGCGCCAAGCGCUCACCGCCAGCUUCGCCUCGCUGCCGGUGCCCGGCACGGGCGAGACGCCCACUCUCGGCACCCUGGACUUCUACAUGGCCCGGCUGCACGGCGCCAUCGAGCGCGACCCCGCGCAGCACGAGAAGCUCAUCGUCCGCAUCAAGGAGAUCCUGGCCCAGGUUGCCAGUGAGCACCUAUGAGGGUGUCCGCCGCCGGAGGGAUCCAGAGAAGACUGCCUUUGGUCACAGCCCCUUCCCCACCCCAUGGAGGAGGAUUGGGGGUCCACCUUUUGGGGCCAUGCCCAAUCCUGCACCUUGGGGGCUCCAGCCCCCCAAAAUUAAAUUUCUACAGCAUCCCUCUAGCUCUCGAUUCCCUCAGCAGCCUGACCCCGGAAAAAUCACUUGCUGUACAUGAAACGCCUAGAACCCAGAGC